UUCCGUUUGUCGGUAUGUGAAGCGCUGCCUGUGUAGGAUCGUCUCUGAUCUGACAUGAAGCCGCCGAACCACAGGCUUUACAUCCGCGCUCUGCAGUGACCACGCCGGGGGCAAGCGGCGCCCACCUUCUGCCCCUGAUCCAGCGGGCAGGGCAACGGCUAAAGCGAAGAGAUGGAGCCGGUGCAGCUCAGAAACCACCCCAGGAGACAAUUAAAGAAGUUAAGUGAAGAGAAUCUUAAUAAACAACCUGAAGAAGUGUUUGAUAUUCUAGAAAAACUUGGGGAAGGCUCGUAUGGCAGUGUAUUUAAAGCGAGUCACAAGGAAACGAGUGAGAUUGUUGCAAUUAAACAGAUCCCCGUAGAGUCUGACCUUCAGGAAAUCAUCAAGGAGAUCUCUAUCAUGCAGCAGUGUGACAGCCCCCACGUGGUGAAAUAUUACGGCAGCUACUUUAAAAACACGGAUCUGUGGAUUGUCAUGGAGUACUGCGGAGGCGGCUCUGUUUCGGACGUAAUUCGACUGAGGAAACAAACGUUAAAAGAAGAUGAAAUUGCCACCAUUUUGCAAUCAACACUUAAAGGACUCGAAUAUCUUCAUUUUAUGAGAAAAAUUCACCGAGAUAUCAAGGCAGGGAACAUAUUAUUGAGUUCAGAAGGAAUUGCCAAACUGGCAGAUUUUGGUGUCGCCGGUCAGCUAACGGACACCAUGGCGAAGCGGAACACGGUGAUUGGGACUCCGUUUUGGAUGGCUCCAGAAGUGAUUCAGGAAAUCGGCUAUAACGGAGUUGCGGAUAUUUGGUCCCUCGGUAUAACUGCCAUAGAAAUGGCGGAAGGGAAACCACCGUACGCGGAUAUCCAUCCAAUGCGGGCGAUUUUCAUGAUUCCGUCAAAUCCACCGCCAGAGCUUCGAAAACCAGAGCAUUGGUCAAAGGAAUUCAAUGAUUUUAUUAAUCAAUGUCUUGUAAAGAACCCCGAAAACCGAGCCAGUGCGACCGAACUUCUACAGCAUCCCUUCAUUAAAACUGCUAAAGGGGUAUCCAUUUUGCUACACUUGAUAAAUGAAGCCAUGGAAGCAAAGAUCAAGCGCAGUGAAAUAAAACAGCGUGAGGUGGAACUGGAAGAGGAGGAGAACGGGGAGGAAGACGAUGUUGAUUCGGGGACGAUGGUUCAAGCAAGCGAUAAAGGGAUGAACACAACGAAGGACUUUAGUACAAUGAGCGAGGGUGCGGAGAAUACGAUGGUCGAAAAUGACAAGCUGGAAAACCAGCUCGGUACAAUGUUAAUCAACAACGAUGAUGACGACGAUGAAGAAGAAUCUGGUACCAUGAAACAAAGUAAUGAACGCGUCCAAGGGGUUAAGCCAGCAUUCCUCGAAUAUUUUGAGCAAAAGGAAAACCAGUUCAGCACCCCAGAAAAGAUGAUCCCGCAAUCUACGGAUUCGUCCGAGUGGAAAAUCCCACUGAAUGGAGAUUACGGUUUUUUAAAAGAAUGGAGUGUGGCCGAGAUUCAGAACAAACUGAGUGCUUUGGACCCGAUGAUGGAACGAGAAAUUGAAGAAAUUCAUCAAAAGUAUCAAUCCAAACGACAGCCGAUUCUAGAAGCGAUUGAAUCGAAGAAACGCCGGCAGCAGCAUUUCUGAAAGGUUUUUAGCGCUCGUUAUCCGGACGAUGCCUUUUUAUGCCUUUUUAUGCCUUUUUUUACAAUAUUUUUUUAAGAGCCACAAUAUUUUAUAUUUACUGAUAUUUUUGUGAAAUGGAUUAUGUAUAUAGAACUUGCGGUACGUAAAAUAAAA